AUGCAGGACCACAGGGUCCCGCGGCACAGGGCCUCCAGCUGGCUGCUCAUCGCCGAGCUGCGGUGUCGGAUGGCGGAGCACGAGGAGGCCCUGGAGGCCGCGGGCAGGGCGCGCGCGCUCGCGCAGGAGGCCGGGGACAUGCGCGGGGAGGUGGAGGCCCUCAGGGCGGCGUCCGCGGUGCACCUGGCGAGGGGCGACAGCCAUGCACUCCUGCGGGACUACAAGGAGCAGGCACUCGUGUGGAAGGUGGCAGGAUGGAUGGACAAGGCGGCGCAAGUGUGGCUGGAGCUGUCCCAGCUCAUGCAGGAACGUAACGCGGCGGAAGCGGUGAGAGCAGCCGAGGAGGCGACCAGCGCCUACCGACAGGCUGGCGUAGCGAACAAGGAGGGCUCCGUGGGCCUGGAGAGAGAGGCCGCGCUCUCCUCGCUGAAGCAGGUGGAGCUGCAGGCCCUGAGGCACCCCACCAGGGCCAAGAGGAAGCUGGACGAGGCGCGAGAGGUCUUCAGGCGGCUGGACGACGCAGGCAGCGAGGCGAGGGCCAUGCAGAUCGAAGCUAAGUUCAUUCUGUUCGCGCACGGAAAUUUCGAAGCGGCCAUCCGCGUGGCGAACCAGGCGGUAGAGAAGUGCCACGCGGCCGGGGACAUGAGGGAGGCGCUCGCCUCCCACCAGGUUUCAGCCGAGGUGCACUGCGGUGCGAUCCAGGAGGACGUGCUGAAUGGGUUGAUGCCUUGCCCCGAUGACCUCGAGGACGCAGUCAGGGCGACCUUGGAGCUGGCCCAAUUCUGCCUCGGCCGUCAAAACCUUCCUCGAGCUGGCAUCGCAUUCUUACAGCUGGCGGACAUCUACAUCAUGAGCCAUAACGCCGAGCACGCAGUGGACGCCGCCACGGAGGCAAAGAAGGUAUUCGACGAGAUUAAUGACAAGGAUGGACAGGAGGACGCCAAGUCGCUGAUCCAGAAGGGCAAAGAGAUGUUAGCCAGCCCCAGCAAGGCCACCCUCGUCAGCAGCGAGGGCCGCAGCAGAAGGCGCGCCGCCCCGGAGCCGCUACCGGAGGCCAGGAGGGGCGUGUUCAGUUCGAUGAGCAAGGAGAUCGACGACGAAAACGACAAGGCGCGGCGGCUGCGCGAGAGGCGGCUGGAGCUGACGUCCGCGCACGUGGACGCGAGCCGCCCCGACCAGGAGCAGCGGAGGCGCCAGCUCGAGCAGGCCUUCACCGCGCCCGUGGCGCCGAGGCGACCGUCCGCGCGGCCGCCCGCGCCAGUGGCCGCGGAAGCGCCCGCGGCGGCGCACGCGGCGGCGGCGCGGGAGGUGUACGCGCUGCCGCUUCUGCAGGUGCUGCAAGAUGCGAAGCCGGAUUGGAGCGCCACUGCCGCAAAGAGUGCGGAGAAGAAACUCGCAGACAUUGAGAUCCACACCGCAGAGGAGCUUCUUGAGCAGAUCAACUGCCUGGGGGCCAAGGGCUUGAAUACUAAGCUUCAGAAGCUCGGGCACAAGCCAUUCAUGUCCGACACGAUAAGAGAUGUACAGAAGCAUUUGGCUCAGCGGUAUAGUUCGCCAGCGGCCUAA